ACUGUCCGCUGGAACAUAGUCUAAAAGAGGGGAAGCCCCGCGAGUUUCCGCUGGUUCUCAUAUUGACAUGACUCUGAAUGAAGUUGUUGUUAUACACAGUACAGCGCAGCGAAAUUAUGAUUGCACAACCACCGCUUUUUUCGGAUAUAUUCGGACGAGUCGCGUCCCUAGCUAGCUAGCUAGCUAGUAGACCAAAAGCUUCUGUCUCUGUUAUGUUGGUUGUUCAGCUGAACUCCGUUGGCUUCACUCACCAAAUACAGAGACCGAAGUUCUAGCGCGAUCUGUACAGGGGACUCAAUGGCAAUAUGUUUAUGUACUUAAGAUCGGAUAAAACGGGGAAGUGAAUUUGCGCGACAGCCGAGAUUUGAAAGUACAACCUCCCUCUUCUUCAUCAUGGGUAAAACUGUUGCGAGGGUUGCUCCUUCUGCUGUCAGUAAAGCUGCAGCCAAGGAAUCCAAGACCAAAGCAGGCAAGGUCUCGAAGAAGAAGGUUCUACCUGCCGGCAAAGGAUCAACCAAGAAUGCCAAUACAGAUGCCAAAGCUAUUGCAAAAGGAAGCAAUAAGAAAGGAGAUAGCACUUCCCAGGAGGAGGCGAUUCGCAAGGAGCAGGGGUACACGGAAUCCCUACCCAAGAGGAACGCUAAAGGCGAAGUGGUCUUCCAGGAUUACCCUGAGAUGAGGCCGAACAUGACCCCCAAGGAAGUCCUCCAGGCCGGCAGCUUUGGGGGCACGUACUUCCGACCAAUAAAAUCAUCCGUCACUGGUGAGAAAUACUCUGGCGUAUGGAAAGAACUACCAAAGAAUUGGCUUGAAGGCUUAGAUAUCUCUAAGCAGGUCGCAUCCAGCCCUUACCGAGCAGAGAUCAACACGUACAAGGUCAAGUGCGGAGGAAGCCUUGAGAUGUGGGAAAGCUCUGGCUGGAUCGACAAGCAGGAUCCGUAUGGCUGGUUCAUGUGGUAUUGCAGGUUCUACUUGGGGCGGAGAACAGCUGACGAUGAGCGACAGGUAGGACGCUGGAAGAAAUGCGCAGGCGUCAAGGGAAGAUGGCGAAACAACCUUAUUGCGAAAUGUGCCAGAAGUGGUUGCGCUUACGAUAACUUUGCAGUCUCCCCAGUUGUGCGACAGACCCUGCAGCAUUGGGGAUACCGUCUAACCAAAGAAGACUUUGAAAAAUCAGCCAAGAGAUUCAAGUAGCGACCUCUUUGUGUCAUGCAUAUCAUCGAACUUGCCUCUCUCCGAUUGCGGAAGGGCGACUUCAAUGGAAGCACUUGUAUAUUUAUCAUGGGGCUAACAGUUGCCUUUUCCAGAGAUACCAGUCUUUGCCAGGUUUCAAGCAUUUCAGGCACAUAUUUGGAUUUAACACGUUCUGGCUCCUUUUCAGGCCUCAGGGCUCAAUUGAAAGGCAUCCCGUCUUUUGCAACCAUUGCUCAAAAUUGUCAUUUUCAUGAGAUUUGCAUAUUUGGAAAAGAUUCUACAGAACUAAUAUGUAUCCCAUGAACUCUGUGCACCACAGCUUGCCUCAUACAGUGAUGUACCAUGUUGGCAAUAAAGCACAAAUCCAAUCUUCUUGUGUAGGGUAAACAAUUAAUUGCAAAUAUGGUUUUUACCUGCUUUGUCUAGGUUCAUCAUCAUUCCACAUGUGGUAAUCCUAGUUGGUCUAGUCCAUCUGCAAACCAUUUGGUCUAAUUGCUAUGUAGCCCAUUUUAUCAUUUUGUCUAAUUUCCAGUUAGGCUGUACCCAUCUCGUCUAAUUUCCAUUUGGUCUAUCAUCUCUCAAGUAGAACUGUAUUGUUUAUGAACCAGAUUAUUUUCAUCUGACAUAGUAAAAAUGAUAAUUUGAUGAAGUGGAAAUUAGACCAACUGUGCAUAAGACUAAAUGAGAACUGGAGUAAACCAAGUGCGUAUUAAAAGACAAAGUGUAGAGCAGACCAAACAGCAAUUAGACCAAAUUGAUAGUAGACCAAAUGGGUUUUAGCCCAUGUAGUAUAAGACUUUAUGAAAAGUAGACCAACUGCUUGUAGUCCAAGUGACUAUAACUGAUCUAUUGGUGUGUCUUUGAGGGGCUUAAGUACAGUGUAUAUACAUGUAUCUCUGUAAAUUAUUCAAUGUCUGGCCACCUGUGCUGCUAAAUUAGAAAGCCCUUUUCUUUUUUUGUGGGGGGGGGGGUGAGUGGGAGUGAAUUUCCUAUAUAUCUCUAAUUUGGACAAAUUAUUAACAUCAUAUUCAUAUGCUUGUUAAUACAAGAUCUUUUAUAUAUCAGAUUUUAUUUUAAAGUGGUUGAAAUCAACAAGAUUUGAACCAAGAACAGGCCACCAGUCGCGCGUAACUUAGGAGCAUCUUUAUGCAUUGACCUUUAUUCAGAUUCUAAACCCAGCUACAGUGCUACACAUACUCUGUUGAUGAAUUCUUUGGGAGGUUAGCUAUGAGAUCAACAUCAUUCAAAAUCAAUUAAGAUUUUCCUCAGACAAGAAUGCUUUUUCAUGUCAUGAUUUUGAUUUCAAAAAUCUGUUUAACAAUCCAGAAUAUUUUAGCUGUCCUAUAGGAUGUAGAUGAACACUUCACAACACAGGUACACUUAAAAAAAUUAAUUUACAGAUUUUACACUGAAGUAUGGUUUUGUUUUAUAUUAUUUUGUCAUGAUUUCCAAGAUUGUCACUGUACUUUUCACAAUACAAUUUUGAGGGGCAUGAAAAUUGCAUUUUCUAUGAAAUUUUGUGAAUUUGUAUGUUUUCUGUAAAAUGGGGACUCUAUGCUAUACCAUGUAGUAUCAUGAUUCUAAGACUUGAUAUUCUGGGGCCUGUGUUAUUAGAUUUGUACCGAUAAUAGAUUUGCAAUAAAAGUUUAAAGGGGAAGGUCACCCUGACAAAAAAUUUAUUGUAAAAUAGCAGAAAAAAUGUUUAAAAAUAUUGGUGAAGGUUUGAGAAAAAUCCAUCAAAGGAUAAGAAAGUUAUUAUAAUUUAAAUUAUUUGAUUUGUGACGUCAUUUGCGAGCAGCUUUCCUACAUAUUGUAUGGUAAAAAAAAUCAAUAGAAUGUCAUUUUCUCAGAAAAUUUAAAAUGGUUUUAUUGUACCUUCAGUAUAUUAAUAGAAAAGUCAUUUCACACUAACCUCUAAAAGAAAAAGUCAUCAUGAACCACUAAAAAAUGGAAAUUUAUGCAUUUUUUAUUACAUAACAAAUGGGGCAGCUGCUCGCAUAUGACAUCACAAAUCCAAAACUUAUUAUUCUAAUAACUUUCUUAAUCUCUGAUCGAGUUUCCUCAUACCUUCACCAAUAUUUCUUAUUAUAUUUUCUGCUAAUUUUACAACAAACUUCGUCAGGGUGAACUUCCCCUUCAGAGCAAUUGAAAUCAAAUGAUUUGAUUGGCCGACAGUAACUUUUUUAUAGAAAUUAAUUAAAAUCAUGCAUUAUUAUCACAAGCCUUUGUGACCUAUUAUGAGGCUGAAGUUACAGUAGGCCCUCGUGGGUGUGUUGAAAAAUACAAUACUGUAAUAACCUUAAAAUAAUUGAAAUAAAGUAUUUUGGGCAGGAAGGACGUCAUCUAUUCCAGGAAUGCCAACACCGUAACAAAAAAGAAUUGCAGUAUUUUGUUGAGGGAUGCAAGAAAAGGACUUUCGGUGUACAUUGUAAAAAGAUGGUAUUCAACUUUCUCCAUUAGACAAGUGUAUAAUACAAUUUUGGAAAGAAUUUUUUUAUAAAACCUUCAGUAUUUGUAUAAAUAAAGGGGACAAUACUUAAAAAAUGGAACAGUUAGCAUAUCUGCUUUAAUAUAAUCAAUUAUUUUGUAAUUUAAGCUGCUAAAAGACAUGCAUUAAAGAGGAAUAUUAAAUUUUUAAUAAUCACAUGGACUUAACUUUCUCCAAUCAUGUAAGGAUGUGAAUUUUAAUCAAAAUUGCCUUUUUGUGUGAACUUCAUGUGUGUGACAGUAUUUAAAAUGUUGUAUCUCAGGUAGUGUAUUUUACGAGUGUAUAUUUUCUAGUUUGUUUUUUAAUGUGUACACGUAUUAAAGGGAUGAUCCAGGCUGGAGAUAUUUAUAUCUCAGUAAAUAGAGUAAAAUUCACAGAGCAAAAUGCUGAAAAUUUCAUCAAAAUCGGAUGUUAAAUAAUGAAGUUAUUAUUCAUGACGAUGUGCAUAUAACUGUUUUCACAAUAUAUUGAUAACCUUUAAAAUUUAAUUACUUCGUUAUUUGUUAUUCAAUCUUGAUGAAAUUUUCAGCAUUUUGCUUUGUGAAUUUUACUCUAUUUAUGUAGAUAUAAAUAUUAUCAGCCCGUACCAUCCCUUUAACAAAGUGUUGUGCUACAGUAUGUUUUAGUUAGAUAAAUCCAUCACAUGUAUGCAGUAUGCAAAUAUUAAACGAGUGCAUUUUUUUUUACUAUAACAAAACCGAUUGUUGCCAAUUUGAGGAAUGGAAACCAGGGGCCCUUAACACAAAACUAAGCGAUGAUUGUAGAACAUUUUUCUACGAUUGAUUCCAUUGACUACAAUGUACAAUCAUUCGUAAAAAUGAAGCGUUCGAUUAAUCACUAACUUUAUGUUACGGGAUCCAGCUUACUUAAUUGACGGGUCACAUACCGCCUAAAUUUUCAAUCAUCACAUCAAGUAUUAUAUUACAUCGUGAAAAAGUGUGUGGUAUAAAUCUGAAUGAUUUUGUCAUUUGAUAAUUGUGAAUAUGUACAGUGAAUAAAGUGCUAAAACUACCAGCUGA